AUGUCUGUAGCUGGAAACGAACUCGACUUUGGUGUCUCAAAAUUUGAAGAUGAGCCAAUCAUAAUUACUGUGUUAUUAGCUGACAAUGAACUUUCACCCUUGGUUAUAUCAGUAUCACUAUUAGGAAGCUGGCUCACUGUUAUUGUCGUAUCAGUAGCUGGAGAUAAACUUGAAUUUAGUGCCUCCGUAUUUGAAGAAGAACCAAUAGUAAUAAUCAUGUCAUUAGCUGACGCUGCAGUUUCUACGCUGGCUACAUCAGUAUUAGGGGACUGGCUGACUGUUAUCGUCGUAUCUAUAGCUGGAGAUGAACCUGAGCUUAGUCCCUCCGAAUUUGAAGACGAGCCAAUGGUAAUAACUGUGUCACUAGCUGACGCUGCACUUUCUCCCCUGGAAACAUCAAUAUUAGGAAUCUGGCUGACUCUUAUUGUCGUAUCUGAAGCUGGAGAUAAACUUGAAUUUAGUGCCUCCGUAUUUGAAGACGAACCAAUGGUAAUAAUCAUGUCAUUAGCUGACGGUGCGGUUUCUACGCUGGCUACAUCAGUAUUAGGGGACUGGCUGACUAUUAUCGUCGUAUCUAUAGCUGGAGAUGAACUUGAACUUUGUGUCUCCGAAUUUGAAGAUGAUCCAAUGAUAAUAAUCGUGUCAUUAGCUGAGGAUGCAUUUUCCUCCUCGGCUGUAUUUAAAUUGGGAAACUGGCUGACUGUUAUUGUCGUAUCUAUGGCUGGAGAUAGACUCGAAUCU